AGCGUGCAUAAUAGAUAGCUAGAGCUAGCUACAUGUACGUAGUGAUUCCCCGGAGUAAUUCAGUAUUAGCAACAGUGUUCCACAUGUUAUAGAUUUAACUAUCGGAUUUUCAAAAUUCCUAAAAAUGCAGGUUUGUUUGAUCGUAUAGUUCUAUCAUUAUUCUGCUCUGAUCUAAUGCUUCAUCAUGGGUGCAUCGCAAUCUGCAACUUUGGUCCAAGACAAUGGAAGAGCUGCCAGUGAAGACACACACCAAGCGAUCUUGCGUCAAGAGAUGUCACGUAGAUCUAUCCACAGUGCUCACAUUUCAUCGAGGUUUACUUCUCGGACGAUGAGAGGGUAUGGGAUUGCCCGAUGCCGUAUGUGUUCAAGGAGGUGGACAAGUCACCAGGCAUCAGCAAAAAUCGACUUGAACAACUUGACAGUCAAAGUAUGGCGACAAAAAUGCCAGAAUUGCGAUCAGUUAGUGGAGAUGACCUUCAAGGAGGAUGAAUAUAAAAGAAUGGUCAACAACAUGCUGGACAGAUUAGAGCGACAGAUGAGAGGGGAGACCCUCUCUAACCAUGAUGAUGCCACCCGAGGAGGGCACGGUCCACCUCACCGCAAGGAGCUCUGUGAAGGAUGCGAUUGGGGAUCUGGUGACUGUCGUGUCACCUCUCAGACCAAUAGGGGAUUCUCCGGCCAAUCCAGUGUUCGUUCAUACAGUGGAGAUAACUCAAAUUAUAGAGGCGGGAGUAGUGGCGGCGGCGGUGGGAAUGGUGAUGGUGAUAGUGACACUGGCCGUAUAGUAGUUGGCUCCAUUGCAUUAGGAGUUGGACUUCUUGCUGUCGGAGGAGCGUUGGCAUACGCCUUCUCGAGUUAUAACGAGAAGGAAGAGCAGAAAAAGAGAGAAGGAAAGAAAUAGCAAAUCCAUCGAUAAUAAAUUACAUUUCAUAUACUCUAUACCCAUGAAGUUUGAAUAUAUAAUAUAACAAUGACAAUAUCGAAUUAUUGAUAGAUAACGUUUGUAUUUUAAUUUUCAAGAGAAAGAGUCACAGAGAUUUAUUAAUAACAUUUCCGAGGAAGAUGUAAAUUUGACCUGUUAAAAAUAAAUAAUAUUGUCAUAAUCGUGUCAUGAAAAGACGGUAAGAAACAAACAUUUUAAGUUAGGUUAAUUAUAAAGAACGUUGAUUAGUGGCGGACCCAUACCAUACCAGGUUUGUGUAGGAGUGGGGAGGGGUGGGGGGUCAAGUCCAGAAAUGUUUUUUGUUGUUUAAUUCAUAAGUCAUUUAGUUUACUGUUUUAGUUACAAAGUUAUCUGACGAUGCAGAGAAUAAAAGGUCAUCGGCCCAGAUGCUUCUUCUUUUCUUCACCCCUCCCCCUUCCUUCUGGUUCUGGGGUACUCCCUUGAUCCGCCGUUGUUAACUGUAGACGUGGAAUCUUCAGUGAGUGACAUAUUGUGAUAAUCUUGUGAAAUACUGUAAAAGAUUUGAACAAAAUCAGCUGUGCAGUUUACUAAGUAUAAUAUAAAUUAUGACAGAUCUAUGACUAUAUAGGUGAAGAGAUUAAAUUAGUUAAAUAACAUGAACAAUAAAAUUGAUAUGCAUUUACGAUUUGGGGCAUCACGUUUUCAAAAGGAAAACUAUCUAAUUGUUUUUUAAUUUCUACGGAUAGGUCUAUGGCCUAAAACAUUUGUGGUAUCCCUCAAGUCUUAUUUUGUGCUUGUCUGUUCGAUAUCGGAAGUUUGGGGUUCAUUCAAUUUUGCACUAUAGGCUAAAACAAACCACAUAUAAAUGUAUAUUAUAUUUUUAUUUACAUUAUUGUAUGGUUAUUGUGAAUGUUUCAAAACCAUGGUUCAGCUUUCUUUCAGUAGAUAUGUAUCUUGAUUUCUUUGAUUUUUGGGGUCAUGAUAAUGUUUACAUUGAUUGUUCUGUUGAAAACUAAAAUAAAUCUUAUUAUCAUAUGUCAUUGUUUUACUAUAAUUUUGUACUAGAUACACGUAAUCAAACUAAAAAUAAAUAAACUGUCGCUCAUGUGCAAGUUUUAACCUUGUAAAACAUAUAAACCAAGCAAACACUGACAGCAGCUGCUUAUCAACUUUGAUGAUUAUGUUUUCAUGUUGCACUAUCUUGGUCAGAUAUGAAUGUUAGUUGGUAUAUUAAUAUUUAUUCGACAUUUAUGUUAAAGUCACAGGAAAAUAUUAAGAAGAUUACAAUUCCAGAAGUAAAAGGGCGUAUAGGAAUAAAGUCGCCCAAAGAAACAGUUAAGGAAUUGCAGUAUAAGCGGGAGAGAACAGAGAGAAGGGGUGUAUAGCGGACAUAAUGAAUAAGAUGAAGAAACAAAAUUGUAUUAUUCAAUUUUGAUACUCUAAAAAGUGGAAAUUUUGUGUUUUGAUGAAAAAUAAUCCAAUGGCAUUCUCAACUCUACUGAAAAAAAAUCUUAUUAUCUUAAGAUACAUGUAUUAAGAUUUUGGGCUACAGAUUGCCAACAAAUUCAGAGAGAAAAAAGCCCAUGAUCGAAACCAACAAAAUUUUGAGUGAUUUAAAUGUCACAUACCAGCAAGAAUAUCAUUAUCUGCACCUCUCUCUCUCUCUCUCUCUCUCUCUCUCGCAAAACCAGUUGCCAGUACACCAUCUCCCAACUCUUGUCGGUUUAAGAUUCCGUCCGAGUUGUAUAAUAAUCAAUAUAAUCGUUCUGUUUGGUUCUCACUGUAAUAUAUAAUCUGUAACUUUUGUUUUGCCAUAAUUUGCUUACAUUUAGCUGAGCACUGUGUUUAUUUGAUAUCAUUAACUUACAUUCUGUUUUGCUUUCAUUGUUAUUCUAUUCGAAAGAUUAUGAAUUAAUUAUUGAAUGACGAAAUAAAAUUGCUUUAUAAGCAACGCAACCGCUGUUGUUUGUUAAAAUAA